AGGCGUGUUCUACAUUCUGGUCCAAUCAGAAAUAAAAGCUGCCUGUCGCGGACUGGACUAGUGAAGAAUUCUGGACACUCACGCUGCCUCGCAGAUGAUCGAAAUGGCGGCACUAGCUGAGAGGAUGGAGGUUUCUCAGGGAGAGAGCUCAGCCAAGCCUGCAGCUGAGGAUAUGACGUCAAAGGACUACUACUUUGACUCAUACGCUCACUUUGGUAUCCAUGAGGAGAUGCUGAAAGAUGAGGUCCGCACUCUGACCUACCGCAAUUCCAUGUUCCACAACAAGCAUCUGUUUAAGGACAAAGUGGUGCUGGAUGUGGGCAGUGGGACAGGCAUCCUCUGCAUGUUUGCUGCCAAAGCCGGAGCCAAGAAAGUUAUAGGGAUAGAAUGCAGCAGCAUCUCAGACUAUGCUGUGAAAAUUGUUAAGGCCAACAAGCUGGAUGAUGUUGUGACCAUCAUCAAGGGGAAGGUGGAAGAGGUGGAGCUGCCUGUGGAAGGAGUAGACAUCAUUAUAUCGGAGUGGAUGGGUUAUUGCCUCUUCUACGAGUCCAUGCUCAAUACAGUCAUUUAUGCCAGGGACAAAUGGCUGAAGCCAGAUGGACUCAUUUUCCCAGACAGGGCAACCCUUUAUGUCACUGCCAUUGAAGACAGGCAAUACAAGGACUAUAAAAUUCACUGGUGGGAGAACGUGUAUGGGUUUGACAUGUCAUGCAUCAAGGAGGUGGCAAUUAAGGAACCCCUGGUUGAUGUGGUGGACCCCAAGCAGCUGGUCAGCAGCGCCUGUCUGAUUAAGGAGGUGGACAUCUACACAGUGAAGGCAGAGGACCUGACCUUCACCUCACCGUUCUGCCUGCAGGUGAAGAGGAACGACUACAUUCACGCUCUGGUCACCUACUUCAACAUCGAGUUCACCCGCUGUCACAAGAGGACCGGCUUCUCCACCAGCCCAGAGUCUCCCUACACCCACUGGAAACAGACUGUCUUCUACCUGGAUGAUUACCUGACUGUCAAGACCGGCGAGGAGAUCUUCGGCACCAUCAGCAUGAAGCCAAACGUCAAGAACAAUAGAGACCUGGACUUCACCAUAGACAUCGACUUCAAGGGUCAGCUGUGUGAAAUGUCGAAGACGUCAGAAUACAGGAUGCGUUAGAAGUCUUUCUCCCUCCGUGUGUUAGUUUGUUUUUAGUAGAGGACAGAUGAUACAAUUCAGUUGGGAGUCUGUACAAUAGAUUGACACUCCCCUGCAGCAUUUUAAAGACUUGUUUUUUUUUUUUUUUUUUUUUUUUUCUUUCUUCUCUUCUCCCUUGUUCAAAUGUUAACAGUAUUUUAAAGGUUUUCGCAUUCUUGGGGUAUAAGUAUAUUGAUGUAGUGAUUCAUUGUGCAGUAGUCAUUUGACAAAAUGUGUUGCUUGAAAUGUGCCUGGUGUUUUUGUCCAACAUCAUCUUUGAUUUUACUUUAGGGUUGUCAUUUGCAUGUGUGAGAUCCAUACAGACACAAACUCAACAGCCCUGCUCACAUGUCUACAUGUGCAUAGUUACUAUUCAUUCAUUUUGGCUCUCUGUAGGGUCAUUGCAUGACCCUGGUCUGCCCUUAGUUGUUUGUAUGUAUGUAUACUCAAAACCCUGCCGCCUCCACUUGUGUACUGGUUAAUAGAAAUCAUAUGUAAUUGACAAAAAAGCUUUCCACCAGACACCUUAGGCCUUGUUCAGACCAAAUAUAGCCAUGUAAUAAAAAAACAAAAACUAAUACACAGGGUCUGUAUUGGUGUGAAUGCAGUGCUCGAGGUUUCAGCGAGAAGACAAAGUACAGACCAGGAGGUCAGAUUGCAGGCUUAUAGAGACUGAGGCAGAGCCCAGUACAAUUAGUACAAGGUUACACCUUCCCUGGUCUUACCCAAGGAAUGUGUGCUUGCA